GCCAGCUGAAACGGAAACAAUUCUGCAGUAAUUCGCAGGGAAAGCGUGGCAAUUGAAAACUCAAACAAAAACAACAUCAAAAAACUGGGAGAAAACAACAACGGCGAAGAGCGAAGAAUAUGCAAGCAGCCGAGCGAGUGCAGUCGUGUGAAAAUUGUUGUAUCGAAAGUGCAUAAAAUGUGGCCCACAAACAAUUAGCGGAAUAAGCAGAGCACGGAGAGCAAAACAAAAGGCGGACUAACUAGAAAGCAAACAGGAUGUCAAGGACUUGAGCAGGGGGGUGGGGGCACGGGCGCUAGAAGGGUGAUACUAACUUGGGGACUUUGGGCGCAUCAGGAUUCGCAAGUGUCGGAAAGAUGCGUACCUACUACACGGCAAAGGAUAUGCGAAAAUACGGCGACUUGAGCUAUGAAAGCAAAUACCUGCUGGAUCCGAAGUUUAUGACCAAGAGGGACUUGCAGCAAUACUAUCGCUACUACAACAUGAACAAGAACCGUGGUCAGUUCAAAAAGAUAGUGAUUGUGAUCUUCUGUCUCUGCGUGUUCUCCUACCUGUGCGUGGACUAUAACCUCCGGACGAAGCUGCUCCGUUUCCGCGAUGGCUUCGAUUUCAUGGCCCGCCUCGAGGACCACUACGGUGGAAAUUUGACGACAGCCUAUUUUGUGGACACUCCGGGCUGCCGGAUGCCGCACUUCGAGGUCACCGACGACACCAUCGCCCAGUUCAUGUUCAAACCGCGUCAGUACAGCUGCAACAGAGCUCUGGUGCGGACCAGUGACACGGUGCCCGGGCAGCUGCACCUCAAUCUGGACGCCAGUGAGCUGCUCGCCUACUAUAACAUCAGCGACCUAUCCUCCGUAAACUGCAAUUUCACGGAGGUUAAGCGGAAGACUGACUCCAGUAACAAGUACAGUCCGGGUGUUAGUUUUAAGCUGGACAGAGUAAUGCAACUACCACUCGACCUGGAAUUCUUUUGCAUGUGGUGCUACGAUUCCUCGGACAAACUGUUCCACAAGGACUGUCACUUUUUUGCGGUGGAAAAACCGCGGGUGAGACCUCCACUUAAGACCGGAACCGAUGGGGACAGCUUUAACAAGAGCAAGGAUGCACAUGAGCGUCUUUCCGUGAUGAUCCUGGGCAUGGACAGCCUUUCUCACCUGAACUUCCUGCGCCAGAUGCGCCAAACAUCGGACUACAUUCGGAAGCACCUGUCGCACGUGGAACUAUGGGGCUACAAUAAGGUGGGCGACAACACCUUCCCCAACAUAGUGCCCCUGCUGAGUGGCUUGGAUGACCAGGAACUGAAUCUGGCCUGCACGCCGAAGACAUUGAGGUCCUACGAUCGGUGUUCUUUCAUUUGGAAACGCUACCAGCAGGCUGGCUAUCGCUCCAUCUUUGCCGAGGAUGUGGCCCUGCUCUCGUCCUUUAACUAUAACCAAAACGGAUUCAGAAAACAGCCCACGGACUACUAUUUGCGGCCCAUGAUCAUGGAAAUGGAGAAGAGUGUGGCCUUCAAGAAGGACCUCAACAUGCACUUGUGCAUGGGCAGUCGCCGGACGGCGGAUGUUUUGCUGGAUUACAUGAAGAAACUGGUGCCUCGAAUGAGCAGGGAUUUGUACUUCUCGUUCUUCUGGACGGUCGCCCUUACCCAUGACUACUUCAACUUCCCCUCACUUCUGGAUAAGGCCAUGUUGACGCAGUUGACGCAACUGCAAGACUCUGGAGUGCUUAAUCGCACGGUGGUGAUGCUGCUCUCCGAUCACGGUUUAAGAUGGGGCUCCUUUCGACGCACCUACCAAGGAAUGAUGGAGGAGCGACAGCCCCUGAUGAUGUUGCUGUACCCGCCCUGGAUGAACGAGCGGUAUCCCGAGGCGAUAGCAAACCUUAGGUUAAAUGCCCGCCGGCUGACCACACCAUUUGAUGUCCAUGCCACGAUGGUGCAGCUGUUGAAUCUGGGGAAUCUGGAGGCAGAUCAGCUGCUGCGCAGAUCAGCAGAGCUCGAGGAGCCGGACAGCACGCUGCCCCGUGGCCUCAGCCUGUUCCUGCCCAUUCCGGCGGCGAGGACAUGCGAGCAGGCGGGGAUUGCCGCCCACUGGUGCACGUGUCAUCAGCGCCAGGAGCUGGCGACGAACGACGAGCGGGUUCAGCGGGCAGCGCGGUAUUUGGUCCGCCUGAUCAACAACCGGCUGAAGGAUAGCUCCCAGUGCAGGACCCUCUACCUGAACUCCAUACUGCAGGCCCUGAUUGCGGCGCCGCACUCGAAGAUCGUGAAGAACAUAUCCACGGACUAUGCGGUGGACAUCACCCUGCGACUGCAGACGAAGCCCGGACUGGGUGUCUUCGAGUCCACGGUGCGGAUGACGGGCUAUACGACUGUCCUAACGGGCACCAUCAGCCGGUUGAACCUGUACGGGAGCCAGAGCUACUGCCUCAACGAUCCGGCCCUGAAGAUGUUCUGCUAUUGUCACAGAUAAGGAGGCCAUAUAAACGGAUUUUUUCCCGGGAUGGGGUGUUUGACGUCAAAGACUUGAAACCCAAUUAAGUAGCCUUAGCCAUAAAACCUAGUUUAUUUCUAUGAAAUAGUCGAAGUUUGUAUAAAUAAUAAUCCAUUUUUAGCCUUUGCCGUAAGGAGUUCCCAAUCUUAUGCACCUACACACAUAGUCACGGUAGAAUAGCGGAAUUAGUUUAUUUCCCAAUUACUUAGAGGACAAUAAACCGAAAAAAAACUAUUAAUCGUAAUAUCCGCGGAAUUACUUUGUGUAUGUAAAAUAAACAAUAAACUAUUGUUGAUAGCGA